UCUCCAGCGGGACACAGCAUCUCCAUUGUGGACGGAGUCUUCAGCUGGUCCAGGACGGAGAACCCGACGCUCAGGAGGCUGAAUGUGUCCAUCCCAGAAGGCUCGCUGGUAGCAGUGGUGGGACACGUUGGCUCAGGGAAGUCCUCUCUGCUGUCUGCCCUGCUGGGAGAGAUGGACAAAGUGGAAGGAAGCGUGGCUGUGAAGGGUUCUGUGGCCUACGUUCCACAGCAGGCCUGGAUCCAGAACUCCACGCUGAAGGAGAACAUCAUGUUCGGCCAGGAGAUGAGGGAGGACUGGUACCAGCGGGUGGUGGAGGCCUGUGCCCUCCAGCCGGACCUGGAGAUCCUCCCUGCUGGAGAUCAGACGGAGAUCGGAGAGAAGGGGGUCAACCUGUCUGGAGGCCAGAAGCAGAGGCUGAGCCUGGCCAGGGCCGUGUUCUGCGACCGGGCCGUGUACCUGCUGGAUGACCCGCUCUCUGCCGUCGACGCUCACGUUGGAAAGCACAUCUUUGACCACGUCAUCGGCCCGCAGGGCCUGCUGAGGGACAAGACCCGGGUGCUGGUGACCCACGGACUGAGCUACUUCCCCCAGACUGACCUCAUCCUGGUCAUGGUGGAGGGUGAGAUCACAGAGGUGGGCUCCUACCAGCAGCUCCUGGCCAAAGAGGGCGCCUUUGCAGAGUUCCUGAAGACGUACGCCAACGUGGAGCAAAGUGAAGAUGGUGGUUUAGCAGCUGAAGCUAAGAGUGAAGCGGCAGCGCUGGAGAACGGAGAUGUUCCACCUCUCAUCGGCAGCUCUGCUGCCACGGCGCAGACCACAGCGUCUGCAGAGACCGAUGGAGGCACCGACCUGAACAAGAAGGCCAAGAACCCUGAGAUGGGGAAGCUGACGGAGGCUGACAAGGCCAGCACUGGGCGGGUCAAGCUGGCCAUAUUUUGGGCCUACCUGAAAGCCAUUGGUGUGAUUCUGUCCUGCAUCAGUCUGCUGCUCUUCCUCACCCAUCACGUGGUCUCCCUUUUCUCCAACUACUGGCUCAGCCUGUGGACGGACGACCCCGUGGUCAACGGCACCCAGCCGUACAGACUCACCAGGCUGGGGGUGUACGGCGGUCUGGGCCUGACCCAAGGUGUAGCAGUCUUUGGUUAUUCCCUCUCCAUGUCCAUCGGAGGCAUCAUGGCUUCCCGCUACCUCCACCAGUCCUUAUUGUACGACGUCCUGCGCUCACCCAUGUCCUUCUUUGAGAAAACCCCGAGCGGCAACCUGGUCAACCGCUUCGCCAAGGAGAUGGACACCAUUGAUUCAGUAAUUCCCAACAUUCUCAAGAUGUUCAUGGGAUCCAUGUUCAACGUGUUGGGUUCGUGUCUCAUCAUCCUGUUUGCAACGCCAUUAGUGGCUAUCAUCAUUCCUUUCCUGGGGCUGCUCUACUUUUUUGUGCAGAGGUUCUAUGUGGCAACGUCUCGCCAGCUGAAGCGCCUGGAGUCUGUCAGCCGUUCUCCCAUCUACACCCACUUUAGCGAGACAUUGCUGGGCACCUCUGUCAUCCGAGCUUUUGGCGAGCAGGAGCGUUUCAUCCAACAGAGCGACCAGCGGGUGGACCACAACCAGAAGGCCUACUACCCUGGCAUAGUAGCCAACAGGUGGCUGGCUAUUCGCCUGGAGUUUGUAGGAAACUGCAUCGUGUCGUUUGCUGCCCUGUUUGCUGUGAUGGCCAGAGACCAGCUCAGCCCAGGCAUCAUGGGGCUUUCCAUCUCCUAUGCCCUGCAGCUGACCACGUCUCUGACCUGGCUGGUCAGAAUGUCCUCUGAUGUAGAGACCAAUAUCGUGGCUGUGGAGAAGGUGAAGGAGUACUCCAGCACGGGAAAGGAGGCCCAGUGGCAUCACCAGCCGCCCACCGUACCCCCUGGCUGGCCCACCCAGGGCUGCAUCGACAUUCAAGGUUUUGGUCUGCGCUAUCGCCAUGACCUGGACCUGGCCAUUCGCGACAUCACCAUCACCAUUAACGGAGGAGAGAAGGUGGGGAUUGUUGGCAGGACUGGAGCAGGGAAGUCCUCCCUAACCUUGGGGCUGUUCCGGAUCAUCGAGGCAGCGGAAGGACAAAUCUUCAUUGAUGGAGUCGACAUCGCUAAGCUAGGCCUCCACGAGCUUCGUUCCAGAAUCACCAUCAUCCCACAGGACCCCGUGCUGUUCUCCGGCUCUCUGAGGAUGAACCUGGAUCCUUUUGACUCCUACUCUGAUGAGGAAAUCUGGAGGGCAUUGGAGUUCUCCCACCUCAAGAACUUUGUCUCAGGCCUGACCAACAAACUGGGCCAUGAGUGCAGCGAGGGAGGAGAAAACCUCAGUGUGGGUCAGAGGCAGCUGCUGUGCCUCGCCAGAGCUCUGCUGAGGAAGACCAAAGUCCUGGUGUUGGACGAGGCCACCGCUGCCGUAGACAUGGAGACGGACAACCUGAUCCAGUCCACCAUCCGCUCACAGUUUGAGGACUGCACGGUUCUGACCAUAGCGCAUCGCCUGAAGACCAUCAUGGACUACACCAGGGUUCUGGUUCUGGAUAAAGGCCAGAUGGCCGAGUUCGACUCGCCGUCCAACCUGAUCGCCAGCAGAGGACUGUUCUACAAGAUGGCCAAAGAUGCUGGGCUGUUCUGAUUAGAACCGCACCUCGCCGGGUCCAGCAGUGCUGGCCCCGCCCGGCUAGACUAGAGGGACCCUGUACUUUAAGAGCAGCAGGAGAAGCAAACAGAACCGUUUGGAUUUAGAUUUUUAAAGGAUUCUGUUCUGCAGGCUUCAGCCUGAGGUCCAACCUGCUGCUUUCAGAACCGUCUGCCUGCUUCCUCCUGUUCUGGUUCUGGUUCUGGUUCCUGACCAGGCAGCAAUAAUCCAAAGGUGCCAAAUGCUCCAUUUUGUAGGAUAUUUUAUUUGAGAACCGGACUCAGAGUUUGGGCCCGUUCUGCUGAAGCUCAGGAACCAGAACCAAAGAAGUCACUCUCCAGGCCUUCACAGUGGAAGUUCUGCAGGUUUUGAUUCAGUUCUGCUGACCAGGAGGAACCGGAUCCAACCAUCAUUAGAAACGGUUCUGGUUCUCAAACCAGAGUCGGCUUUAGUUUUCAUUUGGAUCUUUGUUAUAUUUUCUGUGGGUCGGUGCAGCAGAGCCAGACUGGUUCUGAUCCGGUCAGGUUCUGAUCUUUAUGUUUACAGCUUUUAAGGCUUCAAUAAGUACCAGGUCAAUAAAUGGUUCCUGUUUGAACUAAAGUUCUGGAGAACUUGUUGCUCACAGGACCUCCAGGUUGGACGUAGCUUAAAGCGAGCCAGAGGCUUCCAGAACUUUUGGGUUCUGGCAGCAGCCGGAUGACGUUCUGGAUCCAGUGGGAGCUCUGAGGACCUUCUGGAUCCAGUGGAGCCUCUGAGGACGUUCUGGUUCCAGUGGGAGCUCUGAGGACCUUCUGGAUCCAGUGGAGCCUCUGAGGACGUUCUGGUUCCAGUGGAGCCUCUGAGGACCUUCUGGAUCCAGUGGAGCCUCUGAGGACCUUCUGGAUCCAGUGGAGCCUCUGAGGACCUUCUGGAUCCAGUGGAGCCUCUGAGGACCUUCUGGAUCCAGUGGAGCCUCUGAGGACCUUCUGGAU